AUGCGCUUGGGCUUACACCUGGCCUUGGUGGCCGCAUGCUUUGCACUGGAUCGAGAUGUCGGCUACUUGAUGACACGGUUACCGGAGAAUGCCGCUGCUGGAUCGCUUCGGUGUUUCGUCGGUAUUGUCGCUGAUUACAACAACACCUCCAUUGGUACCGAGCCACUUAUGUGCUAUGUUGGAAUGGUUGCCCCAAAGGCUGGAGUGAACGUCGGUGCUGAGGUAAGCCAACAGCCCAGCUGGGUCGUGGGCAGUAAUACCGUUUUCUGCAAUGGACGAUGCGCCUCGUUGAGCGGAGUUGUGAACGGAGACAAUAUCAUUACCUUCCAAUGUGUACCACGACAAGUAUGCAAGACCUUCUUGAACACCAACGGCUGCGCCACACUCCAGGGAGAUCGCGAAAUCACUGGAUGCUGUUGUAAUGACAAAAACAGUUGCAACAUCUACCAGCAGAACGCUACCGGCAUCGUCAUUCCCACCCCAAGUCCACUUGUAGAGUUUCCGAUCUCGUGCUGGACAGGAAUUUAUGUAAACGGAGCUGCUAUGACCAGCGUUGGGUUCCAAACCUGCAAUGGUCAAUGCGCAUCCAUUACCCUAAACACCACCCUUAAUGGAAACUUCCACACCGCUUCAAUGUAUAUGUGCGAUCCUGUGGCUGUUUGCCAGGCACUGAGUGAGUUCCUUUUGUUUCACAGGCUCUUGGGAGCCAAGAAUGGCCUCAAUGUUCCAGAUAUGACCAACAAGUGCAAUGUGAUCGAGCCAGGAGUCGGCGGAUGCUGUUGUGAUACCGACGCUUGUAUUUACCCACCAAAGAACAGGAGCCCUGGAAAUCGCCUGCUGUGCUACGUUGGAAUGUACGCCCCGAAGGCAGGAGUCAAUAUUGCCUGUGAUGGCCAAUGCUCGAGCCUUAGCGGAAUCGUCAACGGAGACACUGUUACCACAUUCCAAUGUGCUCCUUUGACUGUGUGCAAGAGUCUCGAAAUUGACAACGCUUGCACUUCAUUGCCAGGAGAUCGUGAAAUUCAAGGAUGUUGUUGUGACAAUUUCAACAGUUGCAACGUCGCCAACUAUAGUCAAGACGUGCGAUACCGUUGGGCCACCCACAAACGUCGACUUCCCAAUUUCAUGCUGGAGUGGAGUGUAUGUGAAUGGAAACGCUAUUACCAGGGCUGGGUAAGUUUCGAAUACGGCCGUGCACAUGCCAAUUCCAAUCUUGCAACGGGACCUGGUGCGCUUCGUGCACCCUUCGAAACCACCAAUACGGCCAACAACACAAUGCCACAAUGUACAUACAUGAGCAACAACUGCGCGACCAUUGAAGCGGGAGUCAGCGGAUGCUGCUGCGACACUGAUGCCUGUCUUACACCAAAUAAGAAUAAAAACUGCAUUUUCAGAGCAUUCAGCGCUUACAACAGCUGCAGUACCCUAAAAGGUGACCGUGAAGUAACUGGAUGUUGCUGUGAUUCGUCAAAUUCCUGCAAUACCCCACCUGAUUUCAUCCCACCCACAGUUGCACCUAACACCGACUUCCCGAUCUCGUGCUGGUCCGGAAUCUACGUCAACGGAAAGCAUCUUUCCAACCCAGGAUUCCAAUCCUGCAAAGGACAAUGCGCUUCUCUGACAUUGGCCACCAGCGUUGCUGGUCAAGCUCACAACGCCACCAUGUACACCUGCGACCCGUCGUCUAGCCCAGGCAAUGCUCUUCAGUGCUACGUUGGUCUCAGAGCGCCUAAAGCCGGAGUUAACGUUGGUGCUGAGGUAUACUGCGACGGUAUGUGCUCAUCAUUGAGCGGUGUCGUUAACGGUGACAGCAUUACCACGUUCCAAUGUGUGCCGACAACCAUUUGCAAGUCUCUCGCCAUCGACAACGCCUGCACCGGUCUGCCAGGAGAUCGCGAAAUCAGCGGAUGCUGCUGUGACUUUGCCAACAGCUGCAAUCUUCAACUUUCCAAUAAUACUGAUAUCGUUCCUCCUUCACCCUCACCGAACACCGAGUUCCCGAUCUCAUGCUGGUCAGGAGUCUACGUAAAUGGAAACGCCAUAACCCCUGCUGGAUAUCAGUCUUUGCAAGGAGAAUGCGCUUCGGUGACCCUCCAGACAACACUCAGCGGCCAACAGCACAAUGCCACCAUCUACAUGUGUGACCCGACGUCUAUCUGCCAGGCACUCAUCACCUACAACCACUCACAUGCCUACGUCGGUAUCCUUGCGCCAAAGGCUGGAGUUAACGUCGGAGCUGAGGUGCGUUGUACCGGAAUGUGCUCCUCCCUAAACGCCAUGGUAAACGGUGAUAAUGUCACCACCUUCCAGUGCGUACCGACCAGUAUUUGCAAGUCUUUUCGCGCCGACAACGGCUGCUCCACAAUUAAGGGUGAUCGUGAAGUGACUGGAUGCUGCUGCGAUACGUCCAACGGAUGCAAUGCUUCUCCAUACAAUCUCACCAUCCCCACUCCACCACCUCGACCCAGAGUUCCCGAUCUCAUGUUGGUCUGCUUCCAAUCGUGUAACGGCGAAUGCGCCUCUCUAACUAUUGGCACGAAUUUCCAAGGACAAAACCACACCGCCACAAUGUACACCUGUGACCCGUCAGCUGUGUGCAAAACACUUGGAAUCACCAAUAACUGCACGGAUGUCGAACCUGGAAUCAGCACUUGCUGUUGUAACACUGACGCAUGUAUCACGCCGAGAAAGAAGCCUGGAAAGCCACUGCUAUGCUACGUCGGUUUGACUGCCCCGAAGGCCGGUGUGAACGUCGGAGCCGAGGUUGUCUGCAAUGGAAUGUGCGCUUCACUGCGUGGAAUGGUUAACGGAGACGACGUCACUACAUUCCAAUGUGUACCAACACAAGUCUGCAAGACCUUCCUGAACCGUGACGGAUGCGCAACGCUUCAAGGAGAUCGUGAAAUCACCGGAUGUUGUUGUGAUGAACGAGACAGCUGUAACUUCCACAUGCAGAACAGAACCAAUGCCACGUUGCCUACCCCAAGUCCAAUCGUAGAGUUCCCUAUCUCGUGCUGGACUGGAAUCUAUGUGAAUGGAAAACCUCUGACUGACGCUGGAUUCCAAUCCUGUAAUGGACAAUGCGCUUCCAUCACGCUGAACACCACCAUUAGUGGAACCUUCCACACCGCCUCGAUCUACAUGUGCGAUCCUACAGCAGUCUGCAGAGCUCUGAACAUGACCAACAGAUGCAACAUUAUCGAGCCAGGAGUGGGCGGAUGUUGUUGCGACACUGAUGCCUGUAUUUAUCCGCCAAAGAACAGAAAUCCUGGAAAUCCUCUCUUCUGCUACGUUGGAUUGUAUGCACCGAAUGCACAAGUUAACGUUGGAGGAGAGGUAGCUUUAAACUCCAGCCCUAGAUGA